AUGGCGAUUAACGUAAUCAAGAUCUCUCGAGUCGGUCCUGCAACAAGUUUAGUCGACCCUCUCAUUCUCCCACUAAAACUCAAUCCGACGUACCGAGUCAACUUUUACAAACUCACCGAGUCAUCUAGCGACUCCUUCCACUCAGUGAUCCUCCCCAGCCUCGAGCAAUCCAUCUCCCUUGUCCUCACACACUUUCUCCCUCUCUCCGGUCACGUCAAGUGGAACCCACAAGAUCCUAAACCUCACAUACUCGUCUUGCCGCAAGACGCCGUCUCUCUCACAGUGGCAGAGUCCGACGCUGAUUUCUCUCGUCUUACCGGCAAAGGGCUUCGUCACCAGACUGAGUUACACUCUCUAGUGUCCGAGUUACCUGUUUCCUCUGACUCAGCCUCUAUUCUUACUCUACAAGUCACCUUUUUCCCGAAGCAAGGCUUCUCCAUCGGAGCCACAAUCAACCAUGUUGCCAUGGACGGUAAAACUGUGGUGAAUUUUUUCAAAACAUGGGCUCACAUCUCUAAGCACGGAACAAUACCGCAAGAUAUUCAGUUACCUAUGCUUUUAGAUCGUACGGUCAUCAACAUUCCAACGGAACUCGAAUCCAAGAUCUUCCAAUUCCCGCCGUAUAUCUCAGAGGACAAAACCUACGUACGAGCUCUAAAGAUUCCACAAACAAAAGACACCGAAGAUGUCGUCAAGAUGACACUCGAGCUGACCCAAGAGAACGUUGAAAAGCUCAAAGAACGAGCCAAGAGCGUCUCAACUCGCAGUGAUCUUCACCUCUCGACUUUCGUAGUCACUUACGCUUACGUAUUGACCUGUGUGGUGAAGGCACGUGGAUACGACGCAGACCAACUAGUUCCUUUCACGUACGUUGCUGAUUUCAGAGACCGGUUAGACCCGCCGGUUCCGGUUAACUACUUUGGGAACUGUGUGUUACCUAUCAAUUUCUCUGGAGACAAAGCCAAGACGUUUUUGGGUGAAGAUGGAUUCGUCAAUGCUGUCAAGAUUCUCAGUGAUUCGAUCAGAGAUGUGAGCUCGCGAGGGGCCGAGUCAAUUUGGGAGUUGUAUGAGGAAGGAUUAAAGAAGAUAGAUAGUACACAGAAGAAGCUGACUGUUGCUGGAUCUAACAAGUUUGGGAUAUACGGGUCGGAUUUUGGGUGGGGAAGACCCGUUACUACUGAGAAUAUAUCCAUCACCCACAACGUUCUCUUCUCUAUGUCGGAGAGGAGAGAUGAGACCGGUGGUGUGGAGAUCGGUAUGUGUUUGAAGAAACAUGAGAUGGAUAUUUUUGUUUCUCAAUUUCAAAAUGGAUUGUAA